AUGAAAUUCCGCAGGGUAUCGGUGUACGUGCCGGAGUCCUCCUCAACGUUGCAACGAUUUGCGGCCUGGUUAACCGGAAGAAGGCCAGAGCUAAUUGAUCCGGCGAUAUUGGCCUCUGGUGGCGGAAGGGAGCUCACGCGCAUGAGAGUGGAGGGUGUCGUUACCGUAACGUUCAACGUCGUGCUGAAAGAUUUCUUCAAGCUGGGCUACAACAACGGCCAACAACAGAAGAAGCAAUUGAGAGAUUCCAGUUGAUCGAUGUAAAACGUUCCAUCGACAUUGCACCGACAUUGUUUCCUUUCCACUUCUUACGAUCCUGUGUCUUUCCUUUGUUACUUGCAUCUCUUCCAGCAAGACAGUUUCCCCGUCAUUCUCGGACAUGUACGUUUUGUUUGUCAGAAGACUGAUUGAGAGCCACUCCGAUUUGCAAUAAACGAAGAAACGUUGAUUCGAUCUGAACGAUCUCGAUUCAAACAUUCAUUCAAUUUAUUCCAUUUCGACUCAAUCCUUUGACUCGUCUCUAAAAAAC